AUGUCCUCGCUGAAGCAGACACCGCUCACCUGCAACGGCCACACGAGACCCAUUGUGCAUCUGCACUUUAGUGAGCAGACCAAGUCCGGCUACUACCUCGUCUCGGCGUCCAAAGAUGGCAAACCGCAGAUCAGACAGGGCGACACGGGCGACUGGCUGGGCACCUUUGAGGGACACAAAGGCGCCGUCUGGGGCGUCGUUCUCAACAGCGACGGAACUCGGGCGGCCACCGGUUCGGCCGAUUUCACCGCCAAGAUUUGGAACGCCGUCACCGGCGACGAGCUGCACUCCCUGCCGCACAAGCACAUCGUCAAGAGCGUCGACUUCAGCACCGACGACCGCCUCCUGCUGACGGCCAGCAAUGAGAAGAUCAUUCGCAUCUACGACCUGAACAACGUCAACUCAGAGCCUCAGAUGAUGACCGGCCACACCGACAACAUCCGCCACGUCGUCUUCAGCAGCGUGGACAGCGGUCAGCAGUGCGUGAGCGCCUGCGACGACAAGACGGUCCGCUUCUGGGACCGCCGCUCCCAAGGGGAGGUCUUCAAGCUGACCUUCGACGAGGUGCCGACCAGCAUCGAGGUGACCCGCGACAAGUCGAUCCUCUCCAUCUGCUACGGCUCGCAGGUGCAGUUCUUCAGUCUGCAGUCGAUGACGGCGCUGGCCGAGUGGCGCCUCCCCACGCCCGUCUACAGCUGCUCGCUCCAUCCGCAGAAGAACGUCUUCGUCUGCGGCGGCGACGACUUUCUCCUCUACAAGUACGACUACCAAACGGGGGAGCAACUCGAAUCCUUCAAGGGCCACUUUGGCGCCGUCCACUGCGUCCGCUUCUCGCCGGACGGCGAACUGUACGCCAGCGGCAGCGAGGACGGCACACUUCGCCUCUGGCAGAACACCGUCGGCAAGACGUACGGCCUGUGGAAGUACGUCAGCAACGGCAACGGAGGCGGCAACGGAGGCGGCGGCGAUGAGGGCGGAGAGGGCGGCGGCCCAGUGGCAAAUGAUAGCAACAACAAGGUUUAG